CUCUUAAAACUUCCAUUUUGCAGACAGGCGAAAAAUAUAUAUAUAUAUAUAUAUAUAUAUAUAUAUCACAGAGUGAAAAAAAUUAUUCAAUUUCGAAAUAAAUAAUCAGUUUGUUAGGGUUUGGUAUAGUUAAGCUCUGGAUUCUCCUUUUCUCUCUUCCGUGGCUUCCCUAGGUUAUGCCGUUUCACCCACAGGAUUCGGUAGAGUUCAAUUCCAGGGUAUUAAUAUUACUUAGGACAUGGAGCAAUUGUACCUCUGCUCAGAUCGCAUCGAGUGCCGAGCCUUUUCAUUUCAGGAAGUCCUUGAUUGGCGGUUCCUCAUCCCUGGAGAUUUCCUUCUUGUUUCUUUUGUCAAUUGCACUUAGUGAACAGCCUCUAUUGAAUUAUCAGUGCAGGAGGCCAAAUGCGAAUUCUGUAUGAGCUAGGUGUUGGAUGUUUUCAAUUCCACAAAUAAGCUGCACUCCUUGUUAUGAUGUCAGUUGUUACUGUACUGUUAAGUACCUCGGCAAGUCUACUGUUGCUAGUUCAUCACCAGUACAACACCCAACCUGGAUCCUUCGAGGCCUACCUCUGAGGGUGAGCUAAAUUCAGCAGAUGUUUCCUUGCAUCGUUGAGUGUUAGAUUGCAUUUGUACACACUUUUGUCAUAGUUUCUCUAGGAAUCUUCAUCAGGAUUCUGUUAACUGGAGUAUUGGUAUCAGAUUAGUGCAUAUUUGAAGCAAGGAGCUAUUGACUUUUGAGAAACACUUCCAACUAGAUCUUGAGUUGAUAAUUCAUCGUGUUGAAUUGGGCUUGUUUCGGGUCUUGUUUAGUUGUGAAGUGAGAUCAAAAUGCUCUUCAGCAUCUAUGUUUCCUUGCUUUCUCUGCCUUGUUAUGAUGGUGGUAUUAUAGAUGCGGUAUAUUUGAUGAAUAAGGCUGUGAAGUCCAUCCAUCUUAUCCCUACUGGUUUUGCCUUCGUCUGUGCUAUAGCAGAAAACUAACGGUUGAUUUUGCUGAAUCAGCCAGGGUACUAAUUCCUAUUUAGUAAAUUCUCUUUUCCAGCCGACUAGUGAAGAGGAACAACUCCACGUUGUUUUAUUGUCUCUAGAUCUCCUAUAAACAGGUGUCCUUUGUGCUUUACUGAAACAUCAGCAAAGAUGGAAAGGUACAAGGUAAUUAAGGAAGUUGGUAAUGGUACAUUUGGUAGUGUGUGGCGAGCUUUAAAUAAACAGUCUGGUGAAGUGGUUGCAAUUAAGAAAAUGAAGAAGAAGUAUUAUUCAUGGGAAGAAUGCAUCAACUUGAGAGAAGUCAAGUCAUUGAGGAAAAUGAGUCAUCCAAAUAUCGUUAAGCUCAAGGAAGUGAUUAGGGAGAAUGACAUAUUAUACUUUGUGUUCGAAUACAUGGAGUGCAACUUAUAUCACCUUAUGAAAGAUAGGCCUAAGCUUUUCUUAGAAUCAGAAGUGAGAAAUUGGUGCUUCCAAAUAUUUCAAGGUCUUGCAAACAUGCAUCAACGUGGAUAUUUCCAUCGUGACCUUAAGCCAGAGAACUUGCUGGUUUCAAAAGAUACAAUAAAAAUUGCUGAUUUCGGUCUUGCUCGGGAGAUCAAUUCUAAGCCCCCAUAUACAGAAUAUGUCUCAACACGCUGGUAUCGUGCCCCUGAAGUUCUUCUACAAUCACCAAUAUAUGGUCCUGCUGUCGAUAUGUGGGCAAUGGGUGCAAUAAUGGCUGAGCUAUUAACUCUCCGUCCUCUAUUCCCUGGUUCAAGUGAAGCAGAUGAGAUUUACAAAAUAUGCAGUGUUAUAGGUACUCCAUCAAAGAGUGAAUGGGCUCAUGGGCACGAACUUGCUGGUGCUAUCAAUUAUCAGUUUCCACAGAUGCCUGGUGUAAAUCUGUCUGUAUUACUCCCAUCUGCCAGUGAGGAUGCAAUUAAUCUAAUCACUUCACUUUGUUCGUGGGAUCCUUGCAAGAGGCCAACUGCGGUUGAAGUACUUCAGCACCGUUUCUUUCAGAGUUGCUUUUAUGUACCUCCAUCAUUACGCUCUAAGACUGCUGUCUCUAAGACGCCUCCAUCUGCUGGAAUGAAGGGUUCCUCAGAGCAAAAAACCAACAGGUGGUCUUCCAGUACUUUAACCAACCCAAAGGCUAGUAGCAGCUUUUCUCCCGUCAAGUCUCAAUUUAGCCCAGGUGUCCAGAGGAAGUUGCAAAUGAAUUAUCAGGAUGCAACUAGGAAUGAUAAACCCCUGAAAGGGUCUUCUAUUAAACAACAACCAGCAAAAUAUCGUCCUCCUGCAAGGAAUAUCCCCUUGGUUGGUUCCACGGUGAAAACUCGUGUCUCUGAUGCUGCUGAGAAGCUUGGCAACAUGAGCAUUGGCUCUGGUAGAGCAUCUAUAAAGCAGCCAUUCCCUCAACCCAUGAAGGCUGGAGGGUUACAUGGGCAGCAUGACUUGUUCUUGGGACGAUCUCAAGAUAUUCUGCCUGGAAGAAGCUUUUCAAGGAAAGUCGCUGGGUAAAUAGAUGUCGUAUGUCUUAUAUGGAGUGUGUGUUGGCUUGUUAUGUUUUUCUACUAAUAUUGUUGUGUGCCUGUUUGGUGAGUAACGGUUGUGUACGUUGUCAGUCUGUUUCCUUUUGGUUACACAGUACUUGCUAAGUAAAUGUUGUGGUUGUGUUUAAAAUAGCCCGACUAGUAUUUGCUAUAUAAAUAAAUGGCGUGAUGGUGUUUUUGGAGUA